AUGGGAUUAUCACAGCUAUUUCUGGUUCUCGGCGUGUUUUGCGCCUCCUCAGUUGUAGGCUAUGGGGUCGACCCUGCCCUACGCAUCAGCGUGUUUGAUGAACUAACGCUUGGAGAAGGCUUUGAUGGAGUUACUCAGGUCCAGGGCUUCCACAGCGAGUCUAGAGCGUUCCACUUCCAAGGGUCUGCCAGGGAAGUGAUGGCUCCUGCUGAGGUCUCAGAGCAAAUGGUCCAGAAGCUGAGAGGCAAGAAUGAGUUUACGGUGCUGGCGACCCUCAAACAGGAUCACCUCAACUCUGGGGUCAUCCUCUCCAUUCAUCACUCUGAGCACAGGUUCCUGGAGCUGGAGAGCAGUGGCCAGCGCAGUGAGUUGCGCCUUCACUACCGUACCAAAGGUCAACAGCCCCACACGGAGGUGUUCCCCUACAGCCUGGCCGACGACCAGUGGCACAAGGUCUCCGUGGCCGUCAGCGCCACUCAUGUCAUACUGCACAUCGACUGCAACAGGAUCUACGAGCGGGUCGUGGAAGCCCCGUACAUGGACAUACCGGAGGAUGCUUCCUUCUGGCUCGGACAGAGGAACACUGCCCAUGGCUUCUUCAAGGGAGUGAUGCAGGACGUGCAGAUCCUGGUGAUGCCACAGGGUUACAUCUCACAGUGUCCAGAUCUGAACAGAACAUGCCCAACCUGCAAUGAUUUCCACGGACUUGUGCAGAAAAUCAUGGAGCUGCAGGAUAUCCUUGCUAAAACAUCCAGCAAGCUGUCCAGGGCGGAGGAGAAGAUGAAUGGGCUAGAUGGCUGCUAUUGUGAGAGAACCUGCAGCGUCAAGGGGGUCGUCUACAGGGAGGACGAUGGCUGGACAGAUGGCUGCAAGAACUGCACAUGCACGAAUGGCACGGUGCAGUGCGACGCCAUCUCCUGCCCUCCGUCUCGGUGCCCGGCGGGCACCGCGCCCGCCUACGUAAAGGGGGCCUGCUGCAAGGAGUGCCAGUCUGUCUGCUUGUUUGGUGGGAGAGAGCUUGUGGAAGGGGAUCAGAAGGCUGUGCGGGACUCCUCUGGCAGGUGCCUGCUGUUUGAAUGCAAGGACAGGAGCAUGCGCCGCCUGGUCCCCAGUGAGCCGUGUCCCGAACUCAACUGUGCCGAGUCGGAGCAGAUCACCUUGAAUGACAGAUGCUGCAAAGUCUGCAGAGGUCAUGACUUCUGCUCAGAGGGCCACGGCUGCGUGGAGCACUCCGACUGUGUGAACCUGGAGGCAGGUGACUGCUGUGUUUGUAAGGAUGGCUUCCGCCCGCUGCGAGACGAUAACGCCUACUGUGAAGAUAUUGACGAGUGCGCUGAGGGGAAGCACUACUGCAGGGAGAACACCAUGUGCGUUAACACCCCCGGCUCCUUCAUGUGCAUCUGCCAUACGGGCUACAUCAGGAUCGAUGACUAUUCCUGCACAGAGCAUGACGAGUGCCUCAGCAGGCUCCACAACUGCGAUGAGAACGCCCUGUGCUUCAACAUGGUCGGAGGCCACAGCUGCUCCUGUAAGCCGGGCUACACUGGCAACGGGACGGUCUGCAAAGCUAUGUGUGACGGAUUGUGCCAGAAUGGGGGAACCUGCGUCUCACCUAACAACUGCGUUUGCCAGCAGGGAUUUACGGGGAAGAGAUGCGAGACAGAUAUUGAUGAGUGUGCGGACGGCUUUGUCGAGUGCGAUAGUAAAUCCACUUGUGUCAACUUGCCCGGCUGGUACCACUGUGAGUGCCGUGACGGCUACCAUGACAACGGCUUGUUUUCCGCCAGUGGGGAAUCGUGCGUAGAUAUUAAUGAAUGCAAAUCGGGGAGGAACACCUGUGCCAACGACACAGUGUGCUUCAACUUGGACGGAGGCUACGACUGCCGGUGCCCUCACGGCCACAACUGCACCGGUGACUGUAUCCAUGACAACAAGGUCAAGCACAGUGGGCAGAUCUGGGUGCUGGACAGCGAUAGGUGCUCUGUGUGCUCCUGCCAGGCCGGCCAGGUGAUGUGCCGCAGGAUGGUGUGCGACUGCGACAACCCCAACGCCGACCUGUUCUGCUGCCCCGAGUGCGACCCUCGCCUGAGCAGCCAGUGUCUGCACCAGAACGGCCUGCUCACCUACGGCAGCGGGGACACCUGGGUGGAGAACUGCCAGCAGUGCCAGUGCCUGCAGGGGCAGGUGGACUGCUGGCCUCUGCCUUGCCCGCCCGUGGACUGUGAGUUUACCGUGGUGCCCGAGGGCGAGUGCUGUCCCCGCUGUGUCACCGACCCCUGCCAGGCUGACACCAUCCGCAACGACAUCACCAAGACGUGCACGGACGAGCACGACAUCUCACGCUUCAGCGGCUCCUCCUGGAUCAAACAUGGCACAGAGUGCACCCUGUGCCAGUGCAAGAAUGGACACAUCUGUUGCUCAGUGGACCCCAUGUGCCUUUAGUCCCGGCAGAUCUGAAGGCACCUGUACAGUGUUCUCCAUGU